AUGGUGAGACACAAGAGGACUCUCACUGGUGAGAAACUCUUUGAAUGUCCGGAUUGUGAGAAAAGUUUCAGUUUCAAUUCCAACCUGUUUAUUCACCAGAGGACUCACACAGGAGAGAAACCAUAUGAGUGUCUGUAUUGUGGGAAAAGUUUCACUCAGAAUGCCAGUCUGGUGAUACAUCAGAGGACUCACACGGGAGAGAAGCCAUAUGAGUGUCUGGAUUGUGGGAAAAGUUUCAGUCGGAAUUCCCACUUGGUGACACAUCAGAGGACUCACACAGGAGAGAAACCAUAUGAGUGUCCGGAUUGUGGGAAAAGUUUCAGUCAGAAUGACAACCUGAUGAAACAUCAGAUGACUCACACAGGAGAGAAACCAUAUAAGUGUUUGAAUUGUGGGAAAUGUUUCUCUCAGAAUUGUAGUCUGGUGACACACCAGAGAACUCACACAGGAGAGAAACCAUAUAAGUGUUUGAAUUGUGGAAAAAGUUUCCAGCAGAAUGGCCACCUGGUAAAACACCACCGAAUUCACACAGGAGAGAAACCAUAUGAAUGUGCGGAUUGUGGGAAAAGUUUCGGUCAGAGUUCCCACCUGGUGACACAUCAGAGGACUCACACGGGAGAGAAACCGUAUGAGUGUCUGGGUUGUGGGAAAAGGUUCAGUCAGAAUGACAAUCUGAUGAAACAUCAGAGGACUCACACAGGAGAGAAACCAUAUAAGUGUUUGCAUUGUGGAAAAAGUUUCAGUCAGAAUUCCUACUUGGUGAAACACCACCAAAUUCACACAGGAGAGAAACCGUAUGAGUGUGCGGAUUGUGGGAAAAGUUUCAGUCAGAGUUCCCACCUGGUGAAAUAUCAGAGGACACACACAGGAGAAAAACCAUAUGAAUGUCCAGAUUGUGGGAAAAGUUUCCAGCAGAAUUCCCACCUAGUGGAACAUCAGAAGACUCACACAGGAGAGAAACCAUAUAAGUGUUGUGAUUGUGGGAAAGGUUUCUCUCAGAAUUCGAGCCUGGUGGUACACAAGAGGACUCACACGAGAGAGAAACCAUACAAAUGUCCUAAUUGUGAGAAAAGUUUCGAUCUCAAUUCCAAAUUGGUGAUUCACCAGAGGACACAUGUGGAAGAGAAACCGUAUGAGUGUUUGGAUUGUGGGAAAAGUUUCAGGCAAAGUUCCUACCUGGUGAAACAUCAGAGGACUCAUACGGGCGAGAAGCCAUAUGAGUGUCCAGAUUGUAGGAAAAGUUUCAGUCAGAAUUCCCAUCUGCUGAGACAUCGGAGGAUUCAC